AUGGUAGAAGAAGAUGAAUGCAUCUAUGAUGCGGAAUUUAUUCUAGCAAAACGUUACGAGAGAGGUAAACCACUUUAUCUCGUCAAAUGGGCCAACUAUCCAUUCGAUGAUUGUACGUGGGAAUCCUAUGAAAAUGUAACACUAAAUGGUGUGAUGACUAUUGUGGAAGAGUUUGAAGCAAGGCAGUCUGAAAUUGCAACCUGCAUCAACUCAAUUAAAUCGGAACAGGAAAGUACAACUAGUGAUUCUCCAUUGUCAAGUCCCGAAAGGUCAUCCACAGACGAUAUCGGAAGUAGUAGUACAGACAAUGUUAGUCCCAAAUUUCCUCAACAUCAUCAACCACAAGCUUCUUCUUCUUCAUCAUCUAAAAAGGAGCCACAGAGGAAAAAACAAAAUGCAAAACAAAAGGAAACAAGGAAGGAAACUAAAAAGAAGGAAGUAAAAGAAUCCAAGAAGAAGGCUAAUUCAGAGGUAAAGAAACGUAAAAAGCUUGUAAUGGAUGAUGAGGACUCUACUUCGGAAGAAGAAAAUCAAGAUUCAAAAAAGAUCAAGUUGACAAAGACAGACACAACUACUGGUAGCUCUUCACAGCAGCCUAAUCUUGUAAAUAUUCCAAAGGAAGAUUCCAAUCCUCUUUCUAAGGUUAAGAAAAAGCCACAAACAGAGGUUGGUAGUGUGAAACAGCCUCCUUUCAAAAUUCCAAAGAGGAACAUUGUUACAGCAGCAAAGACACAAAGUGAUCAACCUGCAGAACAAAGACCCUUAUCUACAAUCAGUAUUCCAAGGCUUAAUAGAUCAAAUGCUGUGGAAGCAGUUAAAAUUCCACCAAACUCUAUCAAUGGUCAACAAAUUCCUCCAACCUCAAACCCAACUCCAACCAAUUCAUCAAUGAGUUUGCCUCCUUCUAAUUCUUCAACAAUCAAUUCUUCCUUUGGUAAUAACGCAUUUACUACUGGUGUCAACAAUGGAGUUUCUAAUACAUCAACCACUAUUGGCUCUUCCUUAGUAACUAAUCCAAUAACUCAAACCACCUCACCACAGUUCAAGUUGCCACCAGGAAGUUCUACAUUUGUACCAGUUGACCCAAGAUUAAAUACAUUCCCUAGCGAUCCUAGAUUAAGGGAUCCCCGAUAUUUAACACAAUUCAGCCAAGGCACCAUUACUAAUCCACCAACACACACCACCCCUUUAUUUACAGCUCCUAUUUCUCCAAGUGAGGUUGGUAAAACAGUUGCCUCAGCCCAUAAUAUUGUAGAUACUCAAGGACCAGUUGUUAAUAAUCAGCAAUACAUCCCUCCACGCUCCCCAACUGAAAUGGGAUCAAAGCCAACUAGCUUUAGAUCCAAUACUCCCUUUGUAGCUCCAAUUUCUCCAAGUGAAGCCAGAAAAUCAUCUCCACAUACCACAAUUAGAAAUAAUGAAAUAUUUAAUCCACCAAUUUCAAAUAGUGGUACCAAUUCGUCGAGCAGUUUCACUCAGAAUAGAUUUAAUACCAUCAAUGUACCCUCUAGUUCAUCUUCAUAUACAGCACCAAGAUCUCCAUCAGAAAAUACUCCAUCUGCCAAUUUUAGGAACGUAUCCCCUCCAAGUCAAAUAGACACAACUUCAAAAAUAUUUAACAGUGCACAAUCUUCAUCAUCUUCGUAUGUUGUACCACGUUCUCCAAGUGAAACAACCAGUUCAACUUCAAGCAAUUCAGCCACUAAAUACAGUGGAUCUUCAUAUACAGCUCCUCGCUCUCCAAGUGAAAUGAAUGCAAUUUCAACUAGAUUUAACAGUGACAAUACACAAAAAAUCUCGACCUAUGUUGCACCACUUUCUCCGAGUGAAUCGGGCUCCAAUUUUCGUGCCUUUAAGAAUAUUUCGCCCCUUAAUGAAACUAAACCAAGUUCCACAACUACUCCCACAUCAAGAGGUGGAGGAGGAGGAAUUGCAGCCUUCAUGCAACAACACACCAAAGCAAAAGAAGAUAAGGAGAACAAGUUCGAAGAGGAUAAACAACGUUUUUUAGCUAAACAGUCAACCAAGGAGGAAAGAACACCAAAUAUUGUACCUAGUGCUACAACUGUUUCUCCCACAGUAUCCACCAAAACAACUGAAACCAAACCAAGCUCCACAACUACUCCCACAUCAAGAGGCGGAGGAGGAGGAAUUGCAGCCUUCAUGCAGCAACAUACGAAAUCACAACAAGAUAGGGAGCAACGAUAUUUAGAGAAUAGAAACAAAUUCUUAUCCUCAAAAGGUAUUGAUCCAUCUGAAGUUCCUCUCGAAGAACCUAAGAAUAAGAAAAAACAUCAAAAUGUUAGUUCCACAGAAUACAUUUCUAGUAGUGAUGCUCCUCAUUCCCCUAGUGAAAUGAAUGCAAGCUCAACUAGAUUUAGCAGUAGUGGUAAUACACAUACAAGUUCAACUAGAUUUAACAGUUACAAUACACAAAAACCCUCCUCAUCUGUCUAUGUUGCACCACUUUCUCCAAGUGAAAUGGGGUCCAAUUUCAAUUCAUCCAAUAAUUCUUCAAACAGAUCUUCAUCGAGCUAUGUAUCUUCCAAGCAAUCAUAUACAGCCCCUCGUUCUCCAAGUGAAAUGAAUAGAAACUCAAACAGAUAUAGCGGAUCAUCGUACACAGCUCCUCGUUCUCCAAGUGAAUCUAAUUAUGCAACCUCAAAGCCUUCACCAUCUUCAUCAUAUAGAUCUUCACCAAGAGAAUCUAGAGACUCCAGAUCACCUUACACUUCACACAGCUCCUACAGACCCUCACCAAGAGAUUAUGGAGACUCAAAGUCUCCAUAUCAUAGCUCAUAUGGAAGAGGUGGGUAUGAUGAUCGUGGAAGUUAUUCUCGUUAUUCUGGUAGUAGCAGUAGGUCAGAUCGUACUGACAGUUAUAGAGGCUCAAGCAACAAUAGUAGAUAUAAUGACGGAAGAUACACUCCUAGAUUGGAUAACCCUUCUCCUGCAUCCUAUUCUACCAUCCCAGAAACAUACAGAAGUGAAAGAAGAUUAGGAGGCCACACAGUGAACAAUACUGUAAAGACCGAACCAAUUCCUCAAAAUUCCCCUCUCUCUGCUGAUUCUUCUGAUUCCACUUCAAACCAUUUACCUUACGCAGAAAUAGUGCACAUAUCUGAUGGGAAAUCAUACGAUUUUGAAAAUAUUACAAUAGAGGGUUUGACAGAGAAAUCUUUUAGAGGUGUAUUUGAUAGCAACCUUGUCAUCAAAGGUAUGGCUGAUUGGGAUUUCGAAAUGAAAGGAGUUGUAUUCAAUAUAUAUAACAAGACUGAUCCUUUUGGAGCCAAUACAUUGAACUCUAAAAUUGACAAGGCUGCUCGUGUAUUGGCAGAUAAGAAGAAAGUCUUUUAUGUCAAGAUAGACAAUAGCAAAUAUCAAGGAAAAUUAUACAUUUAUCCAGGAUGUUCUGCUGUGAGAAAUGAACUUAAAUGUGCGCCUCUUAAUCAUGCUUAUUUCAUUGGAGUAUUAUCGUUUAAACAGAAAAAGGCUGAAGUGGAAUUGAAAUAA